AGUUUAUUUUGUUAAAUAUCAAAAAUCUAAGAGGUGUGCAUUAUACCUGACACCUAGAUGAACACUUUACACUUGGUUACGUAACGCCGUUACAUGUACUCCGUUAUUCCCCAAUCCUGGUUAGUACAGUCUUCACCGCGCUUUAGUUUGGCGGGUACGCGCACGCCGCUACGCGAUUGUUGGUGGGCGGAGUCGCGCGAGACCCUUCUUCUGCUGCAUUUGAGCGUUCACGUAGGCGCGCGCGGCUCACGGGGAUGCGACCACGAAUUUAACGCCACUGUUACUGCACUGAAAUAAAACCGAGACGCAGUUUGUCGAAGCCGACAAAAGGAUUGUUAAGAGCGUAAAUCACCAUGACUGAACAGCAGAGGCAGCGCACCCUCUCCACCUCUGGAGAAUCCCUCUAUCAUGUGCUGGGUGUCGACAAAUUGGCCACUAAUGAUGACAUCAAGAAGUCUUACAGGAAACUGGCCCUGAAAUACCACCCUGACAAGAACCCAGACAAUCCUGAGGCAGCGGACAAGUUUAAAGAGAUCAACAAUGCCCAUGCCAUCCUGAACGACCCUACCAAACGCAACAUUUAUGACAAGUAUGGCUCCCUGGGGCUCUACGUGGCCGAGCAGUUUGGAGAGGAGAACGUCAACACUUACUUUGUCCUGUCCAGCUGGUGGGCCAAGGCUCUCUUUGUGUUCUGCGGCUUGGCUACAGGCUGCUAUUUCUGCUGCUGUCUGUGUUGUUGCUGUAACUGUUGCUGUGGGAAGUGUAAACCACGGCCACCUGAGGGACAGGAUCAGGAGUUCUAUGUCUCUCCUGAAGACCUGGAGGCCCAGCUGCAGUCUGACGAGAGAGAGGCUGGUGGAGGCGAGCCCAUUGUCCUGCAACCGUCAGCCACAGAGACCACCCAGCUAACAUCCGAUGGCCACCACACCACCUACCGGACCGACACCAGCUUCAACUAAUUCCGUCUCUCUCCAGCUGCCAUGCUUCUCCCACCCCUGAGUCUGAGGAACGAGCAGAGGAGCAACUCCAACAACUUAAAAGAAAAAGCCACCAUUGGCAGGGAGAAAAGCCAGUGAGAGAGGAAUGCAAGCUGAACUCUUUCAGACAUUCCCACCCGGUUCUCAUAUCCACCACCAUCACCAUUCUUCCAGAGUGGCAUACAUUCACGUCAGUGUAGCUUGAAAAUAAGGAGUUUAAUUGGGGAAAAAAAAAAGAACACAAGAUAUUUUCUCUCUUGUUGUACUCCGUCUUUUUGGCCUUUGACUUCCAGACUUGCCUUUCCAUCAGCCUCUUCUCCAGCCAAAUUAGUUUGCUGUCCUAUAGCAUGCACUGUUCCCCAAUCAGCAUUGCAUGCUUUCAUUCUUCCCAUUGCACUUCAGGGGGGACAGAAAUCGGACACAAAGUAGGUUAAAUCAAUAGUUUUAGGCCUUUGUAUAUAGUAUACUGUCCACUCUGUGUUAACUGUCUACACUCUGUGUCUGCGUCUUAUUACGUCUGAACCUAAACACUAAAUGCAAUGCUAGUCUUUAGCAUCACUGUUCCCCCCCCAUCAGUCAUUUGAGUUUAAUAGACGAAAGUGAUGCAAAAGAUGCUGCCAAACACAUGAUAUUUCCAAAAUAUAUUUUCUUAAUCUUUAUUUAUGCCAUCUGGAUUCUUCAGUAGUGUGUUGAAGCGUUUAAAAGGAUGAACCAAAACGAGUAUCGGUCACUAUUCAGAAGUCAUGCAGUGUGGGUGUUGGUGUGCGUAGCAGCCUGAUCAGGCUAUUGGGAUCUCGUCUUCGUAGCACGUUCUGAUUCUUAGCAUCAGUCAUAUUAUUUAGCUCACUUUGCUUUGGUAUUGUCCCUGUACUCACGUUUUAAGGGAUUUACAAUUGAAACACGUUGUGUUCCAUCAUAUCAGCCUGUACAUCCCCAGUGUGUAUGUAAAGAGGAAAGAAAAAAACGUUUUUAUAUAGAUAUACAAUGUACACCUCCCAUGCGUAUGUACAGUAUAUGUAUAUUUUGUGCAUUUUUACUUUGUAAUUGUUAGCUCGUGUUUAUUCCCGUGUGUUAUUGCUCAUGGUGAUGUGUGAUAAUGGUUUGUUAGAGUGCAUCUCCCCUCCCUAUUUGCGCCAAGAGAUCAUGGUGAUUGUGAAUGAAUUACCUGUGCUAGAUGGAAGUUGUUUAUUCAGCAGCAAGUGUCUUUCACUGCAAUGUGUUCAUCAGAUUUAAAAUAGGAUAAGGAUUUAAUGUCAGCAGUGUAAUGAAAAAUUUCAAUAACUAAUUGUGUAAAAUGACAUCAGGCAUCUGAACGCCAUUACACCCUCUUUCUCUCUGUGCUUUACUGUUUUUGGAGCAUCAUGUUUCCAUGUGUUUUGAUUUCAUCACCAUGUUAUUGUGUCAUAACUCAUUUUCUUUGUAGUUUGAGUGAAAUGUCUGUUGGCAGUGAUGGACAGUUUUUCACCCCUGUACAGAUUAUGUAGUGAAUUUAUCAGUGUUUUUACCAGAUGUUCUUUGAGCCAAGGUGUGACAUUCCUCCAUUCUUAGCAUAUGAACAGGGUGAUUUAAAAAAAUAUUAACAUGCAUAACACUACACCACUAACACAUUUCUUCUUUACUCCUAAAGGAAAGUAAAUUUUUACUAAAAUGGCAACAGUACUGAAAACUGUAUACAAUUUAAUAACCACUGAGUGUUAAAAAUAUUUUUUUGAAUCACCCUGUACAUUUUAUGAUAGAAUCAAUCCUAAGUGUAGGUAGUGCUCUGUUUACAUUUUGUUGUGUAAAGUUCCUAUUUUGGAUUUUCACGGUUGCUGUACAGUAAAACACAGCCAUUUGAAGUUGCCAUACAUGUGCACAUCUCCCUGACCAGUCAUGCCAAUGCCAAGCUGCGUAUCAUUUCUACAUCUCUAUUUUUUUUUUUUUUUUUUUUAUACACACCUUUAUCACCUGCCAAUCAUGCACCCUAAAUUCAGGGUGUUGUGCUAUGUUUAGUGGCGUAUGUUGCACUGCACUAACCACAUCACCAGCCUUGUUCACUCUUCUUUCUUUGGAUUUUAAAGGCUAAAAACCAUUUCGCAAUUGUAUACACUGAGCUUUUGAGCACAGUUCUCUGCAGAUGGAUAUUCUGUGUCUGACACUUUCCUCCCUUGUGUGUCCCUGCUCUUGAUGGCUUUUGAUGGUUGUUUGCAUCUGUGGUCCUUCCCUGUGCAUUUCCCUUCCCCUCCACAAAAUUACACUGGUUUGCCCAUUUAAGGGUUCUACAUUGAAAUGUUGGCAAAUACAACGUUUAAGUUAAAUGCAAUGGAGUAACAUGGGCAGGACACAGUUCCUUAAAAUGUGUGUAAUUAUAGUGAUAUGGUAAUCCGUUGUUUUUCUAUUUUAUUUAUGACCUUAUUUUGUCAUGUUUUUAAAGACUGUCCUUGUUUCAGAUGGUAUGUUAUUUGGAUGUGGCUGUGAAACUAUGCUACUCUUAGUUAAAUGGUCAAGGUCUCAUGUACAUACACAGAAUAAUGGAGUAUAACUAUGGACCUUUUUAUGUUGUAGCAUGGUUAUUGUCUGUCCAAAAGAAAACAUACAUUUAUCUGAUUUGCUGGUGUAAAAAUAAAUGUUUAUGAACAUUU